GGCCGGGGAGGGUCAGUUGGAGGCAGGCGCUCGCUGAGGCAGGAGGAGGGCUCUGGGCCCGCGGCCUGACAGGGACUUAGCCCGCAGAGAUCGGCCCCGCGCGCGCGCGACCCCACACCCACCCACUCAUCCACCUACCCACUCCCUGCGCCGCCUCCUCCCACCCUGAGCAGAGCCGCCGAGGAUGAUAAACACCCAGGACAGUAGUAUUUUGCCUUUGAGUAACUGUCCCCAGCUCCAGUGCUGCAGGCACAUUGUUCCAGGGCCUCUGUGGUGCUCCGAUGCCCCUCACCCACUGUCGAAGAUCCCCGGUGGGCGAGGGGGCGGCAGGGAUCCUUCUCUCUCAGCUCUAAUAUAUAAGGACGAGAAGCUCACUGUGACCCAGGACCUCCCUGUGAACGAUGGAAAACCUCACAUCGUCCACUUCCAGUAUGAGGUCACCGAGGUGAAGGUCUCUUCCUGGGAUGCAGUCCUGUCCAGCCAGAGCCUGUUUAUAGAAAUCCCAGAUGGAUUAUUAGCUGAUGGGAGCAAAGAAGGAUUGUUAGCACUGCUAGAGUUUGCUGAAGAGAAGAUGAAAGUGAACUAUGUCUUCAUCUGCUUCAGGAAGGGGCGGGAAGACAGAGCUCCACUCCUGAAGACCUUCAGCUUCUUGGGCUUUGAGAUUGUGCGUCCAGGCCAUCCCUGUGUCCCCUCUCGGCCAGAUGUGAUGUUCAUGGUUUACUCCCUGGACCAGAACUUGUCCGAUGAGGACUAACGGUCAUAAAGGAUGCUUUGCCCAAGAGCCACAGUGGGGGAAGAGGGGAAGUUAGGCAGCCCUGGGACAGAGGAGGGGGCUCCUUGCUGUCUAGAAAAGGACGCUGAGGGGCUCAGGGUGAAGGUUGCCUAUUGUGUUCUUGGAGUUGACUCGUUGAAAUUGUUUUCCAUAAAGAACAGUAUAAACAUAUUAUUCACAUGUAAUCACCAAUAGUAAAUGAAGAUGUUUAUGAACUGGCAUUAGAAGCUUUUUAAACUGCGCUGUGUGAUGUGCUCUAUCUAGCCUAGGGGAGGACAUUGCCUAGAUGGGGAGGGACUGUCUGGGUCCAGGGGCGAGGCCUGGAGGGCUGUUGGGCAGCACUGUCAGGCUCAGGUUCCCCUGCUGUUGGGCUUUUUUUUUCGGUUUUUAAGACUUGUGUAUUUUCUUUCCUUGCUUCCUGUCACCCCCAAGGGUUUCUGAGUAUAGGCUUUUCAGCCCCUGGGCAGUGUCCUUGAGUUGUUUUUUUGACACUCCACGGGGGCUUCUCUGUGUGCAUUUGUCUCUGGCCUGGUGAAAGCAGGUCUGACCCCUCCUUCUUUAGAGCUUAAUGUUAUUCUGGCAUUUGGUUAAGCUGGCUUAAUCUGUUUAAUGUUAUCAGUGCAUUAUAAAUAGGGGCACUAAAGUUCACUCCCACCACCAGGGCUUCUUUUGGGGUGCCUGGGCCUUAAAAAUAAGUAGCCAACUCCAAUUCUCAAAUCAAAGCCAGAAGUUCUUGCUCCUGGUUGCAGGCCCAGGCCACAAGGUGUCUCCUUCCUAGGGUCGCAAAGAACAGAGCAAGAAAAAUAGCAACUCAGGGCCU